AAUUACGGGCUGGCCAUGGGAAAAAUUACUGGGGAGGGCCAGGGCAGGGCAGUGGAGAAGCAUGGCCUAGGUGUUAGAAGGAGACAGACUGUGGGGUGUCAGUGGGCACACUUGCUGUCCCAUAACCCUUUGAGCUGGUUAUUAUUAUCCCUGUACCGCUGGUUAGCAAAAAGCUCACAGCUAAUAGACAAUGGAAGAGAAGCAAAGGGAAGGAAUUAGAGAAAGGGAAGGAGAUGAAGAGUGAUGGGGGAGGCAGUGAGAAGCCAUGGGAGGGGUCAGUGAGAUACACUUGCCUACUUGCUGCAUGGUUUUGGUGGGGACCAGCUGGGUGGCUCAGUUGGUUAAGCGACUGCCUUCGGCUCAGGUCAUGGUCCUGGAGUCCCAGGAUCGAGUCCCGCAUCGGGUUCCCUGCUUGGCCGGGAGUCUGCUUCUCCCUCUGACCCUCCCCUCUCUCAUGUGCUCUCUCUCUCUCUCUCAUUCUCUCAAAUAAAUAAAAUCUUUAAAAAAGAAAAACGUUCUUAAUUAGAGGUUCCAGAAGCCCUCUCUUUAAAGCAGUUGGUGGACUUGUUUUACGUCCCUCUCUUCUUGCCAGAGUGGUUACCAAGAGAGGCUGAAUUUUCUGUUAUGCCAUCUAACACAGCCCUUUGUCCGGCUGCCUCUCCUUGCGGCUCUUCACGUACUUUGCAUUCAUUCGUUCGUCGCUCUGAGGUUUCUUGAGCUCUCGCUGCCCAUCACUGUGAAGGAACGAGAAAGUCCUCUGCCUGCGGACGUCUGUUGUCUGGGCCUGGAGGAGAUCAGUACAUGCACAAGCUCCAACACCAGCAUGUGAUGCGUGGGAGGUACAACGAGUCCCUCCUUGAGGAGGGCAAGAUGAUGCACAGGCUGAGACAUAAUCGGGUGGUGAAGCUCCUGGGCGUCAUCAUGGAAGAAGGGAGCUACUCCCUGGUGAUGGAGUACAUGGAAAAGGGCAACCUGAUGCACGUUCUGAAGGCGGAGGUCAGUAUCCCCCUUUCUGUAAAAGGAAGGAUAAUUAUGGAGACCAUUGAAGGGAUGUGCUACUUACAUGGACAAGGCGUAAUACACAAGGACCUAAAGCCUGAAAAUAUCCUCGUUGAUGAUGACUUUCACAUUAAGAUAGCUGAUCUUGGCGUUGCUUCCUUUAAGAUGUGGAGUAAACUGACUAAAGAGGAACAUAAUGAGCAGAGAAAAUUGAAUAGUGUCUCUAAGAAAAAUGGUGGAACCCUUUGCUACAUGGCCCCUGAGCAUCUGAAUGACAUCAACGCAAAGCCCUCAGAGAAGUCAGAUGUGUACAGCUUUGGCAUAGUACUUUGGGCAAUAUUUGCUAAUAAGGAGCCCUAUGAAAAUGCUAUCUGUGAACAGCAGUUGAUAAUGUGCAUUAAAUCUGGGAACAGGCCAAAUGUGGACGACAUCCUUGAGUACUGCCCCGUGGAGAUUAUCAGCAUCAUGAAGCAAUGCUGGGACACGAAACCAGAAGUUCGGCCAACAUUUACUGGCAUUGAAGAAAAAUUUAGGCCCUUUUAUGUAGUUCAAUUAGAAGAAAAUGUAGAAGAUGAUGUGACAAGUUUAAAGAAAGAGUAUCCAGACCCAGACCAAAAUUCAUUUGUGAAGAGAAUGCAUUCUCUCCAGAUUGACUGUACAGCAAUACCUCCAAGCAGGUCAAAUUCAGCCCCAGAACAGCCCAGCUCGCUGCACAGUUCCCACGGACUUGGGAUAGGUCCCGUGGAGGAGUCCUGGUUUUCUCCCUCCCUAGAGAACCAGCAGGAGGAGAAUCAGCUCAGCUUGCAGAGUAAACUCCAGGAGGAAGCCAACUACCAUCUUUUUGGCAGCCGCAUGGACAGGCAGACAAAACCGCUCAAACAGAAUGUGGCUUAUAAUAGAGAGGAGGAAAGGAGACGAAGGGUCUCCCAUGACCCUUUUGCACAGCAGAGACCUUAUGAGCAUGUUCAGAACCCAGGAGUGAAAGGCCUUCCAUAUUCUAGUGCAACCAGCCCUGGUAAUGCACUACACCAACCCACAGGGCUAACCAGCCAACCCCAAGUACUAUACUGGAACAAUGGAUUAUAUAAUCCAUUCGCUUUUGGAACAAGACCACAGGAUCUGGGAACAACAGGUUCAAGAGUUUUGUAUGGGCCAAAUCCAAGCCAUAUGCCAAGCGUGCAUAAAAUUCCAGUGCCUGAGACCAACCUACUGGGAAACACACCCACCCUUCCAUGCAGCUCCUUCCCAUCAAGAGAUACACUUACCUGUGCUUCACUCUAUUCAGAUGAGUCUGUGAAAUGUACCAUAUACAACAGUGCUGGCAUUCAGGUUGGAGACCAUAAUUAUAUGGAGAUUAGUGGAAUGAGUUCAGUGCUACCAGACAUGAACUUGAAAGAAGAGCCAGCUUCUAAGUACCAAGAUAUCUUUGAAAAUACCACUAGUCUGACUGAUAAACAUCUGGACCCAGUCAGGGAAAAUCUGGGAAAGCAAUGGAAAAACUGUGCCCGUAAGCUGGGCUUCAGUGAACCUCAGAUUGAGGAAAUUGACCAUGACUAUGAGCGAGAUGGACUAAAAGAAAAGGUUUACCAGAUGCUCAAAACGUGGCUGAUGAGGGAAGGCAAUAAGGGGGCCACGGUGGGAAAGCUGGCCUAUGCGCUCUACCAGUGUUCAAGAAUAGACCUCCUGAACUAUUUGGUACAUAUCAACCAGAGCUAACUCCAGAACGGGCUUUGGCAGCAUGAGGUAAUCUCCUCACCUAGUGAGUAAGUAACCCACUGGAAGUGUGCUGCCUCAGAUCCUUCAGAAUUCUCUCCUCACUGAUACACGUUCUCUGUCUGCAUAAAAAUCUCCCACAUUCCAUAGCUGGAGAAUGGGAAAGAAAUCUACAGCGAACAACCUACUAACCAGGAAGACCUAUUAAUGGCUGAGACCCAAUCCAAAAAGAAGCCUAAUUGGGUUUUGAAAGGGAGAGAGAGAUAUUUGAGGAAGAUAAUUUUCUUUCAGUUCAUUCCAUAACCUUCCGCAAUGACAUUCAUUUAAUUUCCUGGAGUUUUGUUUCAGCAAGAAAAAAAAAAAAUUCAGGGGACAUAAACAAAGUCAACUUUCUUAUUUUAUGCUCUCUUCUCCACAUAGGCUCCUGUUAUCACCAAAGUACAGUGAAAUUGUGAGUUCUCUUCAACUAGGGUUUUUUUUGGUAUUCUAACCACAGUUCAUUCCAAAACUCUAAGGUCUGUUAACUUCAGUAUCAAAUGUUGUGUCAUUCACCACAGGCUUCAAGAAUUACAUGCAGUCUCCACUCCAUAAAUUAACUGAAGGGAUUUUAAGGACUACUAAAACAGAAAAAAAAAAAAUAGAGAACAAAAAUAAUCAGAAUUAUCCAGGUGGUUGUUGCAAGGAAUUGCUACUAAUUGUGGUGACUACAUCAAUUUUUGAUGAAGUUUUUAACUUCUUUCCUAGCAUUCUGAUACUUUAUGUACUUUCCCAACCUCUGUGCCGUGCAGAGGGAGCAUGUACACAGGGAAUAUUGAUCUCUUCACACCUGGCUGUGACUGGAGCUUCAGGGCUGAUCACUGUUGAGCAGCUUCCUCAGCUUACCCCAGGAUACUGUAGAAAUAUUUUCAUUUUCUUCUGUGAGCUGCUGUGAUGUAAAAAAAAGGAUACUUCAAAGUCUGAUAAUUGUGCCUCUAACACUCGACCUUUCAAAGCCCACCCGGAACUCAGGACUGAGUGAAAGGAACCAGAAGACUAGAAGACUGAAGGCAAGCAGCCCAUCCAGUAUCACUGCCUCCACGUGGCUAAAUGGAGAGGGUGUGUCAUUGUGCUCAGCCCUUCCAGGAAGGAGGGAGAGAAGGAUGCAGUAUGGUGAUUCUAGAUGUCAGAACAGAUUCUAGGGUCUGGUGGGCUGAUAACAGUAUUGUGGUUGGUGAUUCUAAAAUCCCGCUAGCCCCAGCUGACACACACACACACACACACACACACACACACACACACACACACACACACACACCCCAACACCUGAAGUGGGACUGUAAAACAGAAUUUCUCAACUUCUUCACUAUUGGCAUCUUGGGCUGGAUAAUUCUUUGUUGUGGGGGCUGUCCUGAGCAUUGUAGGAUCUGGAUGUCUGAAAGUAUCCUCUACCCACUAGAUGUGAAUAGUGCCAUUCUCCCCUCCUCCUGUCCCCAGUUGGGACAAGCCAAAAUGUCUCAAGACAUUGCCAAAUGCUCCCUGGAAGGACAUAGGUGCCCCCAUUGAGAAGAGCACUGCUACAAAGUAAUGAACCUCAGUCUCUUAUCCACACAUAUCUAGGCUCACUACUUAGUUGCCACAUCGCAUUAGAUCACAUAGACCAAAAGAAAAAUUGGAUGGAGAAAGAGUCCCAGGCUUUGCUAGAGAGGCGUGGGUGGAUGAUUGCUUUUCUAAAUGUAUCCCUUGUACCUCUGUCCUAAGUGUUUAAAUUCUCUAAAUUCCAAAGCGAUUGAAUGAUCAAUGUUAAAAGGCAAAAAAUGGUAUUUUAAUGGACUUUUAAAAAUAAAAUUUUGUACCUCAAAUAUAAGCAACUGAAAUGAUGUGUUUGUAUAAAUGAAACCGUUUGGGCUUCUCCACUUAGGUUGGCAUUUCCUAGACGUACUCUCCCUUUCACCCUCCUGCUAUUAACAGGCAAGAGGAAGCUGGUAGUAAAAAGAAGAGAAGCUUCUGGACAGCUUUUUGGCUCUCAGGAUGAAAAUGUGCUGCCUUGAGAGCCUGCAGCCCUGCUGUCCUUCAAACAUGGUUCAGAAGUCUUUCUUUCAACCCCUGCUCUCUAAAAACUGGACUGAAAAGAGCCAAAUUUGUAUCUGAAGAGUUUCAAUACAAGAAAAUCAAUUGGGCAGAAAAUCAAUUAAGUGAGAUGGCACGGACUACAAAAUGAGAAAUCAUACUUGCUUUUGCAAAAGACCCUAAGGUUUCUACCGUGAAUAACGCCCACUUCGAACUCUUACAGCCUUGUGAAAUCAGCAGAUUUUCCACUUGCUGUGGUUACAAUAUUUGUUUGGGGUCCAUCAUAUGAAGUUAGGUCUUCAGGAAUAGUUCUUUCUUUCUCAGAAAAUGUUUUAAAUAGAAUUUCGAUGUACUUUUUAACGUGUGUUAUUUACAAACGUUUUUCUUUUAUAAUAAUGUGAAUAAAACUAGGUGUCACUAAGACAAAUGACUUGGCCAAUCGCAGAUAAAAAUGUUUUGUGUCAGCAGCAGGCUGUGACACUAUAAUGGAAAACAAGCUCAACCUGGCUUUCUGUAAAAACUUCCUUGCCAGAAUGUGCAAUGGUAGACGAUAUUGUUAGUAUUUUAGUAUUGGUUUCUCUCCAUACAAGAAUAACCAUGUCAACAAGAUCGAUUCUUUCAGUCACAUCUGUUGUUGUAGGAUUAAAAAAAAAAAAUCCACUAACUGCCAAAACUGAAUUUAAUACAACAUCGCGGUUUAAAUUUUAAAUUUACUUUAACGCAUCAGGUUCUAGUGUUUUAGGGGUAAGAAGUGAAAGAUUAAUGAUUUUUACCCAUUGCAAUCAGGCAGGGUUAAUGUGCAAUUUCACUGUAAAGGACUGAAGUCAAGAAAAAAAAACAACAACAAAAGAACAAAGCAAAACACUAGGUGUCUAUGUGGUCAAGAUUU